GGCAACAUACUACCUUUUCAGCAGAAUCAAGUCGGAGCCUUUUGAUUUGUCUACUCUGGGUUCUCAAGAAUGCAGAUGAAACAGUUCUACAAAAGUGGUUUACAGAUCUUUCAGUCCUCCAGCUAAACCGGCUAUUAGAUCUGCUUUAUCUCUGUGUAUCUUGCUUUGAGUACAAAGGGAAAAAAGUGUUUGAAAGAAUGAACAGUUUGACCUUUAAGAAAUCAAAAGACAUGAGAGCAAAGCUUGAAGAAGCUAUUCUUGGGAGCAUAGGUGCUAGGCAAGAAAUGGUACGCCGAAGCCGAGGACAGCUCGAGAGAAGCCCAUCUGGAAGUGCCUUUGGAAGUCAAGAAAAUCUGAGGUGGAGAAAGGAUAUGACUCACUGGCGUCAAAACACGGAGAAGCUUGACAAAUCAAGAGCAGAGAUUGAACAUGAAGCACUGAUUGAUGGAAACCUGGCUACUGAAGCAAACCUAAUCAUUUUGGAUACAUUAGAGAUUGUUGUCCAGACAGUUUCUGUAACAGAAUCCAAAGAGAGCAUCCUUGGUGGGGUGCUAAAAGUGCUACUACACAGCAUGGCUUGCAACCAAAGUGCGGUUUAUCUGCAACACUGUUUUGCUACACAGAGAGCCCUUGUUUCAAAGUUCCCUGAACUCUUGUUUGAAGAAGAAACAGAGCAGUGUGCUGAUUUAUGCCUCCGUCUUCUUCGACACUGUAGCAGUAGCAUUAGUACAAUUCGGUCACAUGCUAGCGCAUCCCUUUACCUACUAAUGAGACAAAACUUUGAGAUUGGGAAUAACUUUGCCAGGGUUAAAAUGCAGGUAACAAUGUCACUAUCCUCCUUGGUGGGCACAUCUCAGAAUUUUAAUGAAGAAUUCUUAAGACGUUCUCUAAAGACUAUAUUGACAUAUGCUGAAGAAGAUCUGGAACUGAGGGAAACAACAUUUCCUGAUCAGGUCCAAGAUCUAGUUUUCAAUCUCCAUAUGAUCCUUUCUGAUACUGUUAAAAUGAAGGAACACCAGGAGGAUCCUGAAAUGUUGAUUGAUCUAAUGUACAGAAUUGCCAAGGGUUACCAGACCUCUCCAGAUCUGCGAUUGACCUGGUUGCAGAACAUGGCUGGCAAACACUCGGAACGAAGCAAUCAUGCUGAAGCCGCACAGUGCCUGGUCCACUCAGCAGCACUUGUUGCUGAAUAUUUGAGCAUGCUGGAGGACCGGAAGUAUCUUCCUGUAGGAUGUGUAACAUUUCAGAAUAUUUCAUCUAAUGUUUUAGAAGAAUCUGCAGUCUCAGAUGAUGUGGUAUCUCCAGACGAAGAAGGUAUUUGCUCUGGAAAGUACUUUACUGAGUCAGGACUUGUGGGAUUACUGGAGCAAGCAGCUGCUUCUUUCUCUAUGGCUGGCAUGUAUGAAGCAGUAAAUGAGGUUUAUAAAGUUCUUAUUCCUAUUCAUGAAGCUAAUCGGGAUGCAAAGAAACUAUCCACAAUUCAUGGUAAACUUCAAGAAGCAUUCAGCAAAAUUGUUCAUCAGAGUACUGGCUGGGAGCGGAUGUUUGGCACCUAUUUUCGUGUUGGUUUUUAUGGAACCAAAUUCGGGGAUUUGGAUGAACAGGAAUUUGUUUACAAGGAGCCUGCAAUAACCAAACUUGCAGAGAUAUCUCACAGAUUGGAGGGAUUUUAUGGAGAAAGAUUUGGAGAGGAUGUGGUUGAAGUAAUCAAGGACUCUAAUCCUGUAGACAAGUGUAAAUUAGAUCCUAACAAGGCAUAUAUUCAGAUUACCUACGUGGAGCCAUACUUUGACACAUAUGAGAUGAAGGACAGAAUCACUUAUUUUGACAAAAAUUAUAAUCUUCGCCGUUUCAUGUACUGUACACCCUUCACUUUAGAUGGUCGUGCCCAUGGGGAACUUCAUGAACAAUUCAAAAGAAAGACCAUUCUGACUACAUCUCAUGCCUUUCCUUAUAUUAAAACAAGGGUCAAUGUCACUCACAAAGAGGAGAUCAUAUUAACACCAAUUGAAGUUGCUAUUGAAGACAUGCAGAAAAAAACACAGGAGUUGGCAUUUGCUACACAUCAGGAUCCAGCAGACCCCAAAAUGCUUCAGAUGGUACUCCAGGGAUCUGUAGGCACAACAGUUAAUCAGGGUCCUUUGGAAGUUGCCCAGGUUUUCCUGUCUGAAAUACCCAGUGACCCAAAGCUCUUCAGACAUCAUAAUAAACUGCGACUCUGCUUUAAAGAUUUUACUAAAAGGUGUGAAGAUGCCUUAAGAAAAAAUAAGAGCUUAAUUGGGCCAGAUCAAAAGGAGUAUCAAAGGGAACUAGAGAGAAAUUAUCAUCGCCUUAAAGAGGCCCUACAGCCCCUGAUAAACAGAAAGAUCCCUCAGUUAUACAAGGCAGUACUGCCCGUCACCUGCCACAGAGAUUCCUUCAGCAGAAUGAGCCUUCGCAAAAUGGAUCUCUAAAGUAAAUGCACUUGUUUUAUUCAUUUGAAAAGAACCAUGUAUUCAACACUGAGUAUGAAAAGAAGAUCAAUUGAAAAAUACAACUUGGGAUGUAAUU